AUCAUUGGAUGUGGUGUAGAUAAAGUAAACGAUCAUGCCAUACCACGAAUGCUGAGGUGGGUGUGCCAACAAUCACCAAAGUCCCAAACUAUAAGCCAGGUGUUUGACUCGCCAAUGUUUAUAAUUAAGGCGGUCAUUGAGAUGACACCUGAAGAGGAGCAAUUGAAAAUUGCUUCAGGUGAACUUUUUGAAAACUUCCGCUCAUCUACCAUUAUUCAGUCGAAGAAUGGUGGUUCAAAAAGAGUACGAGAAGUUGUUAACGAUGAAGAUGAGUUGAAAAAGAGUAAGAAACAGAAGUCCAAGAUUAAGAUGAAAAAGGCUAUUCGAAAUCUCCAAGAUCGAGUAGCGGUUGUUGAAGGCCAACUUAAUACUAUAAAAUCCGAUAUUGACGAAUUGAAGGGCCUGAUGUCAACCAUAUUGAAGCACAUUGGACUUCAAAGAAAGGGUGACGAAGGGGACCACAAGGUGUCCGAAGGCUUGGAGGAUGAACACAUUGAAGUUAAAAAGAAGGGUGACGAAGAUGUGUUGGAGAAGAAGGUUGAUAUUGGUUUAGAGGAGCCAAUAGAUGUCGUUGACGAUGAGGACGUCAUAGAGAUAGAACCAUUUCUCACUCAACGACCACACGUUCGGCCCGCCCGUAGGAAGCGUGCAAGUGUUUACCUAUCAACCCCAUUCACAACUCUACCUAAACGGUCUCUGACAUCAACCACCAGCACCUCUGAGUCUGAAGCAAUUGUUUAUGAUCCUAUGCACAAAAUACUUGACGUCCAUUUAGAUAGACUUCGAGCGUGGAUUACAGACAAGCGUACAGACGAUGAGCUGCGUGAAACCUUUCAUGGGAAAAAAUCGAAGGCUUUUUUCAGAGACUUGUUUAUGUGUCGCCGGUGGUUGUCGGAUGAGCAUUUGGAUGCACUUUUUCUUUUCAUUCGCUUGAAGAUUAAGGCAGCCGGGAUACCUUCUUCUCAGAACUUCACAACUGCGGACACAAUCUUUAUGCGCAUUUUAGUUUCGAAGUGGCCCCUAUACAAAGAAUGUAUUAAAGAGAAUCGCCCGUUUGACUGGGACGAAGAGUAUAGGUUGGUUGACUAUGUUGUCGGGUCAAAAGUGGACUUCCAAGAUCCUUGGGCAAGUGUUGAUUACGUUUACUCUCCAUUCAAUGUCCAUGGCAACCAUUGGGUUCUAUUAUGCUUGGAUUUGGUAAGUUGUGAAGUGAAGGUAUGGGAUUCGCUUCCGUCACUUACAACUGCCGAAGAGAUGACAAACAUAUUACUGCCCAUUCGACAGUUGGUGCCAAAGUUGUUAGAUAGUACUGGCUUCUUUGAUAGGAGAGGUAGAUCAUCGACAUACAAGGAACCUUGGCCAGUUGUCAUUGUUGACCCAAUUCCACUUCAACGAAAUAAUUGUGAUUGUGGCGUAUUCGCAAUUAAGUAUUUUGAGUACAUAGCUGCUGGUGUUGGUUUAGAUACAUUAUGUCAAGAAAACAUGUCAUACUUUAGAAAACAAUUAGCAUUUCAAGUAUGGACCAACACUCCUAUGUAUUGAAAUAUUAACAUAAAUCACAAGUAUCAAUUGGCUGUUCUAUUA